AUGAAUAAACUAACUAUUAUAGAAAAUUAGUCAGAGUUCCAUUGCUAAUUCAAACACAACUAACCUAUAUGCUCAGUUGUACUUGAUCCAAAGUUAACAAAAACACAAAGAUUUUUAUGUGGAUUAUGUAUGGAAUAUUCAGAUUCUGAAUAUACGAUUAUCGGGAUUCAUAGAGUCAUUCAAAAUAUUGAGGAGAAAUAUGAAACAUAAAUAAAGGAAUUGGAAAACCAAACAAUGAAAACUGUUCAAUAGUUAUAAUCAAGUAUCAACUCUACACAAAAAUUAAAGUAGUAAUUUAUGGAUCUUUUUGACUCCCUUAUAGGAAUAGCAGAGGGUUGGAGCGAUGAAUUAUUAUUAUAGAUGCAAAAAUUCUAUAAAUACAGCUUCUAUGAUGAAUUGGAUGAUUAUAUUAAAAAAGAAAAUAAUAGUGAGGCUGCUAAUACAGAAAAAAUUAAGACUAUUAAUAGAAGUUGGAUGACUAAGUUAUAUAAUAACUUGAAUUAAUAUAAUGAAAAUAAAGGUUUGCUUUCAUUUAGAGAAUUAAGACUGAAAUUCAAGAAAAUUCUAAAUUAGAAAGAUUCAUUAGAAGAUGAAAUCAAAUUCAAGUUAAUUUAGUAAUCUGCUAAAUAAAGUAUAAAAUGUAAUUCAAUAUCAUUUAAUUCAUCUGGAUCUAUAAUGAUAUCAAGUGAAUAUCAGAAUAUAAAUGUUUGGAGCUUUACAAAAGGAUAAUUUGAGUUAUUAUAGACCUUGCAAGGACAUAGCAAUUGGGUUUAAUGUUUAUGUUACAGUAAGAAAUAAAAUUCAUUUGUUUCUGGUGCUGGAGACAAAACAAUACGAUGUUGGAAACAAUUGAACUAGAAUGAAUGGAUUAGUUCAUAACCUUAUAAAUAACAUAUUGAUUGGGUUAUGUGUAUUAUAAUGAAUUCGAAUGAAGAUCUACUCUUUUCUGGUGGUAGUGAUUAUUCAAUAAAAGUAUGGAAAGUUGAUUUUGAUAAGAAUGAAUUAUAAUAUCUGUAUUCAUUGGAUAAACAUAAAAAUUACGUUAUUUCAUUAAGUUUAAAUAAAUCAGAAAAUUCAUUAGUAUCAUGUGCUUAAUAGAAGAAUUAGAUUAUUAUUUGGGAAAAAAAGAAAAACGGUAAGUAUGAAUUUAAAUAUUUUGUUAAAUAAUCAGUUAAUUAUGUAGGAUUCAAAGUUGGAUUUAUAAGCGAGAAUUCAUUUAUUUGGACAACCGGUGAUUAAGGAAUAAACAUGAUUUAUAAUUUUGAAGAAAGAGAAGGUGUUUAUUAGGAGAACAUAAGUAAAACAAUUCAAUUAGCUACAAAUUAUCAGGAUUAUGAUGAAUAUUUCUUUCCAAUAAUUUACAAUGAGAAAAGGAAUUUUAUAGUAGUUCGACAUAAAUCAUAUAUAUAUUUAAUUAGAGAAAAUUAAAAAGGGUAGUUUUAAAAAUUAGAUUAAUUGAAUUGCAAUACUUCAGAUAUUUAUGGAACAAUGACAGAUAAUGGAGAAUAUUUGGUUUUUUGGGAUUUCCAUACAAAAGGAUAUUCAGUUUAUGAAUUAUAAAAUUAAUGA